GUGUGCGUGUGGAUCGGCAAGCCAAGACGGCGUCAGCCUUUCCGGAGAGGCAGCUCAAGAAGGCUGCGAACGUCUACGGGAAGAUGGUUUGGCAGGAGAUCUUCAAUCCAAAGAAGACAACAAUGACGCCGGUGAUGAUUGCUGACGGCCCAUCAACUUCGCCAAACGCGCAGCUGGAGGAGGAUGCAAAGGAGUUGGAAGCUGCGCUGAAUGUGGCAAAUGGUGGGGAAGAAGC